UUUAAUGGAGAGAGAAUGAAUGUUCGUCUUCUUCCUCCCUCUCUCUCCUUGGAUCUCUCUGAUUUUAUCUUACCGUCUUCUGCUCCCAUUUCUCUCUUUCGCCAUCAUUUCUCAAAUUUUUUUCUGGAAAUUUUUAUUAACUUUCCUAGAUAGUUUCUCUACACACCUUUUCUUUUGUGUCUCGCCGAUCUCUCUUUGGGUCAUUCUGCUUUGGUUUCUGGAGGCUUUUCCAGCUGAUCAGAUCUCUAUUAGUGGGUUUAGGUCGAAUACUGGAAAUGGAUAAGGAGAAAUCUCCUGCACCACCUAGUGGAGGUCUUCCUCCCCCGUCGGGUCGUUACUCCGCGUUUUCGCCAAAUGGAAGUGGAUUUCCAAUAAAAUCUGAAUCCUCGUUUCCUCAUUUGACCCCAAGUGGGAGCAGCUCGGAUGCUAACCGAUUCAGCCAUGAUAUAAGCCGAAUGCUGGAUAAUCCACCCAAGAACCUUGGCCAUCGCCGAGCUCAUUCAGAGAUCCUUACUCUUCCUGAUGACUUGAGCUUUGAUAGUGAUCUUGGUGUGGUUGGUGCUGCUGAUGGACCUUCUUUCUCUGAUGAGACAGAUGAGGACUUACUGUAUAUGUAUCUUGAUAUGGAUAAAUUCAAUUCUUCGGCCACGUCUUCUUCUCAAAUGGGUGAGCCAUCAGAACCGGCUUGGAGGAAUGAAUUAGGCUCGACUUCUAACCUUCAGAGUACGCCUGGUAGCUCUAGUGAAAGACCGAGAAUCAGGCACCAACACAGCCAGUCGAUGGACGGUUCAACAACGAUCAAGCCUGAGAUGCUUAUGUCUGGGAAUGAAGAUGUGCCUGGAGUUGAUUCUAAGAAAGCCAUCUCUGCUGCUAAACUUUCUGAGCUUGCUCUCAUUGACCCAAAACGUGCUAAGAGGAUAUGGGCAAACAGGCAGUCUGCUGCUAGGUCAAAAGAAAGGAAGAUGAGAUACAUAGCAGAACUCGAGAGAAAAGUACAGACUUUACAAACAGAGGCGACAUCUCUCUCCGCGCAGUUGACUCUGUUACAGAGAGAUACAAAUGGCCUGAGUGUUGAAAACAAUGAUCUGAAACUCCGAGUACAAACAAUGGAGCAACAAGUGCACCUGCAGGAUGCAUUAAAUGACGCACUGAAGGAGGAAGUCCAACAUCUUAAGGUAUUAACGGGGCAAGGUGUUUCGAAUGGUGCAUCGAUGAUGAACUAUGGUUCUUAUGGAUCAAACCAGCAAUUCUAUCCCAAUAAUCAGUCGAUGCACACUAUGUUAGCCGCACAGCAGUUACAGCAGCUCCAAAUCCAUUCACAGAAGCAACAACAACAGCAACAACAACAACAACAACAGCAACAACAACAACAACAACAACAACAACAGCAGCAGCAGCAAUUUCAGUAGCAGCAACAACUUUAUCAGCUUCCUCAGCAGCAGCAGCAGCGAAUCCACAACAGGACACAAAGCGGUGUCACGGAGCUGAGAAGGCCCAUCUCUUCGGUUCAGAAAGAGAAUGUUACAUCGCCUGAUCUUGAGGUCCCCUCGACGAAAGACUGAAGAUUGUAGGCCCGUGUUAGAGUCCAACUUAGUGAGGUACUCUUGGAAAAUCUCCUCUCAUUCCAAUUACAGAGCCGGUGGCGUUUUCUCCCUCAUCAGGUGCACAUUCAUCGGAGCCUCAUGGAUAUGGGAUUCAUUUCUAGAGUUUAAAAAACGAGACAUCUUAGAAGUUGCGUGUUUAGAGGUGGUUAGUGACGCAUUUGUUCUUGUCUGUUGGUAGUUCAGUCUUCUCUUUGUAUGAUCCUGAGUUCUUAAAAAGUUGUUGAAUUUGGUGAGAACUGGGCUUUUGAAUCCAAGUCUGUAGCCUUGCAACCAUAUUCAAAUUCUUUGGCUUUUGUUCCUUUUGGUUAUUUGAAAAGUUUCAUUUGGUU